CAGAGUGCACUUCGUGUGGAUGCCAGGCAUUACAAUGCCUGGUAUGGGCUUGGAAUGAUCUAUCUCCGACAGGAGAAGUUUGAAUUUUCAGAGCAUCACUUUCGAAUGGCUUUGGGUAUAAAUCCACAGUCUUCUGUUAUCAUGUCAUAUCUUGGCACUGCAUUACACGCUCUGAAGAAAAAUGAAGAGGCAUUGGAAGUGAUGGAGCUGGCUAUUGUAGCAGACAAGAAAAACCCUCUUCCAAUGUAUCAGAAGGCUAACAUCCUUGUGAGCACGGAAAGUUUUGAUGCCGCUUUAGAAGUCUUAGAGGAACUUAAAGAGCAUGCUCCUCGUGAGAGCAGUGUCUAUGCUUUGAUGGGUCGGAUAUACAAGAGGCGUAAUAUGUACGACAAAGCCAUGCUUCAUUUUGGAGUGGCAUUAGAUUUAAAACCAUCUGCAACUGAUGUUGCUACCAUUAAGGUAAUUGCCCAUUUGCACAUAAUUGCCCACAGAUGCACAUAAUGUGUGUGUGUAUACUGGUAAUUUUUUUCAGCAAGUCGAGCAUUAUGGUUUCUUUU